UGCGUUUUCAACUAAUCUUCCCCUGAUCCCCCCAAAUCACGCUGCCUUCGUUUUUUUCCCCUGCAUGCUUCUUUCGCUUUACUCUGCCUAGACACUAUCUUUCUAGAUUCACAACGACUACCAUGCUGGCAUCUCCUUUGUAUCCGGCACCUUCCCCUACUUUUUCUCCUUCCCAUUCGAAUGCAGACGACCAGCUCUCAUGUAGACCUUCAAGGGACUUAGAGGCUUUCAAUAGUCUUCUUCCCCCACCAGUAGAAUUUAUCGAAGGAUCUUCUUCGGGGACCCUGGCUGUAGUGGAGGGCAAAUAUGACCCUAUAAAUGCCACGCCUACUCGAAAGGCAUCCCCAAUGAAAGAGCAAACCUUGCUUUCUCAACCAUCUCCUGUCCUCUCCCCGAAAGUCACUAAACGAUCAGUCAGUAAAAUUGACGCCGACGCACAGUCCCUGUACAGGGGCGAAGUCGACACAACUUGGCCCUCCAAAUUCAAUAUCGGGUCUGGCUUAUUCAACAGCGGCAAUACAUGCUUUCUGAACAGCGUUCUGCAAUGUCUUAUCCACACCCCGCCACUCCUUGGUGUUCUUUACGGUCACAAUGAAGUCUGUCGUGUCAAGAAUGUCUUUUGCAUGGCUUGCAACCUGCGGUCGGUUUGUUUUCAGGCGUAUUCCAACAAGUCUGCCUUUUCGCCAGGGCUAAUAAGCACCAAGCUACAUUUUAUCGCCAAGCACUUGAAGCGAGGUCGACAAGAAGAUUCCCAUGAAUUUCUUCGAUAUGCCAUAGAUGCCUUGCAAAAGUCAUGUCUAUUCGGCUAUUCACCAAAACUCGAUCCCAAGGUUGCAGAGACGAGUUGGGUGCAUAAAAUAUUCGGCGGUAAACUGCGAUCCCGAGUGACGUGCCAGUCAUGCGGUCACAAUAGCGACACGUACGACAGCAAUCUCGAUGUAAGCCUCGAUAUACACAGAAUGAGCUCGGUCAAAGACGCUCUACAUGAAUUCGUUGCCCCGGACUAUCUCAAGGGCGGUGACAAGUACAAGUGCGAAAGGUGCAAGAGAUAUGUGAACGCAGAAAAACGCUUUUCAAUACACAAAGCGCCUCUCGUUUGCACUAUCCACCUCAAGCGCUUUUCACCCUUGGGGAACAAAAUCGGUCACCAGGUAAAUUACGACGAGCGCCUCUCGCUUGCCCCUUAUAUGAGCGAAGGGGAAUUCGGACCUCUCUACAGCCUAUAUGGUGUCAUUUGUCAUGCUGGUGGUGGGCCAAACUCCGGACACUACUAUGCCUUCGUGAAAAGCAGGUCGGGCGACUGGUACGAGAUGAACGAUGAGUCAGUGACCCGUGUUCAUCAGACACCUGUGCGGAAGAAUGCGUACAUUCUUUUCUAUAUACGGACCAAAGGUGACAGGCUGCAGGCGGCUCUUAGUCAUAAUGAUAAAGCACAGCCGAUGGCCAAUGGCGUACAUCCUUUAAAGGGAAUCACUAUGGGUAUGAAGAGGCGACGGGUUAAAGAGGACGAUGACGAGGAUACGGGCGUCAAGAUGUCUAAACCAUUUAUCGGGCCGCUCUUACCGAUAGAAUCCGACGCAGCUAACGGUCCUUCGGAUGCCAAACGCCAGAAGUUGAGCCCUACCAACGAUCCACAAGCGGAUGCUAUGAAGAAGAAGAUUGAGUCGGCGCAGAAAACGUUGUCGAGUUUGGCGCAGUACUCGUCUAGCGACGAUAGCGAGGAAGAGCAGAAGCAGAAGGAGAAGGAGAAGGAGAAGGAGAAGGAGAAGAGAGAUGGCAAAGAGAAAGAUAAACCUGGAUCUCAAGAAACCUCAGGGUCUGCUCCUCCACCCGAAGCAUCUCCUCUACCAAUGACUCCGUCAGCCCAGUCUCGAACAACAUUUUCAUCACCCAUACCUCCCAACCGAUUUUACAGCACUUCAAAUAACAAACACAAAAGGCAUGGUUCAAAUUCGGCGAACUCGAGGGACCGUUGGCAGCAGUCCAAGCAGUACGCUUUUAACCCGUACAACAGAUUUUUGUCGGGGAAGAAGAAUAAAGGAAAACCUCGACCAUUAUGACGGACCGUAGUUUUGUUUAAUAACAUUAUUUUAACAUAUCAGGUUGCACAAUGCGAUCUGCCUCUGCUACAGGACAUCUAAGAUCAACGUCGAUGCCUUCU